AUAAACUAUUGGGACACAGAAUCUGAAUAGAUUGUGAAAUUACAAACCAUUGGCAUGUACAGAGAGGCCACGGUGCAAUGAUAACUAAAGGAGAAUUUGUGACUGAUUUUGAAUGAAACAAUUCUAUGUUUAGGACCAGACACAGGUAUUGUGUGUUUUUAGACUAAAUCAUUUGUAAACUCUGUGGUAGCAGCUUACUCGGAUAUUACUGACGAGAAAUAAGUGCCUCUGACUGAGAUGUUUAUAAGCUUAUGAAGAUGACUUUGGUCAAAGCUGUACUGUCUGUGAUAGUGGCAGGGCACCUGCUGACCGUGGUGUCUGCUGAAUUAGAAAUGCUGACAGUUAGUGAGAAUCUAAAUGUUGGGAAGAGCCAAACUGUUAUCUUACUCUGUAAGAUUAGGGAUCAGGGGCCACGAAAGGUGAUUUGGAAAAACUUGAAAGAUGGCAGCAAAAUCUCGGUGAAUUCAGAAAUUCUUUCUCAAAUCAAAAACAAGUACAUGAUCGAAAGGCCCCAAGAUUCUCAAGCUUUUACCUGGAACUUAAGGAUUUAUGAUAUUCAGAUUGAGGACCAAGCCCACUACCAAUGCAUGGUGGAGAAUACAAAUGUGUCUGUGAUUCACACUGUCACAGUAGAAGGUGCCUCUACAACACCUGCCCCACAGGAUGUCUCCUCAGACUUCAAUGUCACAAGUUGCUGUGUUGCUCAGAACAUAAGCAGUACCUGUUUACCAGUAUGCUAUCCAGCAGGUCUGCCUUCGGAUUUUGACAUGAUCACAGCAUGUGCUUUUGAUUUAGAGACGGUGGUGAAGUGUGGAACAGAUGGAAGGAACCAUGUGGGAUGUUGUAAGAGGAGGAACUUGCCAGUCCAGUGUAUGGAUUUCUGUUAUGGAACCUUGCCAACCAUUGUAGAUGACAGUCAUCUCUUCUGUCUGCAAGAGCUCAACAGCAUCCUGGCCUGCUUGGAGGAAGGACAUGUUUAUUUACCUGGGCCUCCUACAUCUGUGUCCGUUGUACAAAGAGUGUCAGAUGACAUGGCAGCCAUGCUGGUGUCCUGGAAGCGACCGGAGCAGAACCCAGAUCUGGUCACAGGAUACAAAGUUUUCUUUAAACUGACCACUGAUGUCCACUAUAGUAGUACAGACAUUCUCAGUAAAGAUCAGAUGAUGUACAGUCACAUGGGACUGCAGCUUAAUCGUCAGUACAGUGUUUAUGUGGUGGCUCUAGGGUCCCAAGGCGCCAGUCAGCCUUCCGAGACGUUCAUACUCACCAUCUUUCCAGCACAACCUAAAUCAGAAAUUGAAGCUGACAUCAGAGCUUGUUGCGAAACCAAGGGAGUGAAACCUGAUUGCUUGCCUAAAGUGUGUACAGCAGAUAUUAUGGCAAAUCCAAACCCUGUAGAAAUUCUCCGUUGUUAUGACGAUUUAAACACAGCGUUACACUGCCUUGUGGGUCAGCGAAACCACAGUGCUUGCUGUGAAAGGAAUGGCCUACCUGACAUAUGUCUGUCCAUCUGUGCUGGGCAGUCCACUGAACUGACCUUAGAUUACACGUCUUGUGUCAUCAGAAUGCCUGUCAUUGAUGCUUGUGUUCAGGAGGGAAGAGCUACGAUCCCAGGUCCCCCAGUCAACAUUACAGUUCUCCCCGGGGUUACUGAGGCAGUGAUUUCUUGGAAUAACACCGGGGCAAACGCCACAGAUUACACACUGCGGUAUAGGGUGUUGGGACUGAAGGAAAUGGACUAUGUAAAGGUAACAGUGUCGGAGCCUCCCAUACUUAUAAAUGAUCUGUACCCAGGAACACACUAUGAAAUCCAAAUGGCAGCUUCCAAUGAAAAUGGUUCCAGUCUACUGUCAGCAAAAGUAGUUUUCUUAACAUAUGAGACUGAAAUUUCGACACCAGCCCCUACUCAGCCAGGUGAACUCCAUAACCUGACAGCUUGCUGUUCGGAUAAGAUGGUGACGAAUAAUUGUAUGGCUCUGUGUUCAUUUGAUGUGAUGACCUCUGGUUCCCUGGACUUGAACUUGGCCCUGCAAUGCAUAAAUGAGCUUGGAGAUAUCCUGUCUUGUGCCUCAGAUGGACGGGAUCACACAGUUUGCUGUAGGGAAGCCCUUGUUCCUGAUAUUUGUGACAACAUCUGUCGAUUCUCUUCACACAAUGAAUUGACUUCAGACCUCAUUACUUGUGCUGGGUAUACAGAUACCAUUGCUAACUGCUACAGAGAGGGUCUGGGUACUCUACCCCGACAACCACAAAACUUUACCAUGGUGGAUUACACCUCGCACGCUGUAUAUCUCUCCUGGCAACAGCCGGAAGCCACCAGCACUCGGAUAGAAAGUUACUUGGUCACCUACCACAUGACAGACGAGGCAAACUCGGAACAAUGGAAAACUAUGUCCACAAAAAAUCUAGAAGUGAUAGUAAAUAACUUAGAGCCCAGUACUGCUUAUUACUUCAAAGUGGUAUCUGUCAAUGAGAAUGGAACAAGUGCCCCUACCCCAGAACUCCGAGUUGUCACCAGACCCUUUGAUAAUGACACGAUAACAGCUAACUGUAAUUUCACUGUGAAGAACAACACAGAUAUCCGGUCGAGGAUAGUUUUACAGAGCCUGUCAGGGACUGUGGAUGAUUGUAAAUUUUACUGUGAUAAUCCUGAGUGUCAGGGUUUUACUUACUCCAGACAGGGGCAAGCCUGUACACUCUAUAUAGGCAGAUCACUGCUCCAGUCCUAUCCCAGACCGGGUUUCGAUUUCUACAACCACACCUGUCCUCGCUCUCCCAGUAUUACACCACCUGGAAAUUGGAGCGUGCAAUAUCAGAACCGAUCAGAUUGCUGCCAUGGGAUCAACAUCUCCUCUAACUGUUUGGAUGCCUGUCUUACUGGGGACUUCCAGAGUGUGUACAAGUGUGAGACUGACUACAACAAGAUACUGACCUGUGCUUCAGAUGGGCGUGACCACACCCCAUGCUGUCGGCGUACAGGUGUUCCGGAUAUCUGCCUGCCGUACUGCAGGGGACAACUGUUGCCUACCACUGGCAUUAACUCCCUUUGUCUGACCUACAGUCCCCUCUAUAUGCGGUGCUUCCUUAAUGGAACGAAAUAUCUUCCCACCCCACCAAAGUUUGUGACCGUGAAACCACUGAAUGGUACUACUAUGGUGGUUUACUGGGCUUCACCAGAUGAGAACUGUGACCAGGCCAGCAUGUGUCACUAUCUAGUGUUCCUCAAUAAGACAACGCAAGAGAGACAGCAGAUCAGGGCCAGAGAAACCAAGGUUUUGUUGAACAGAUUGUCCCCAGAGACAGCUUACACUGUGUCUCUGCAGGCUAUCAAUCAAUAUGGCAGCAGUAUCUCAAGCCCAACUAUUAGAUUUGUCACCCCACCAUUAGCUUCCAAUGUUGAUAUAUCAGUAUCACAAACACCUGCAUAUCCGCCCCCACAGAGCGGCCAAGUGGAACUGUUCUGUAAUGUGUACUCUGCUGACAGAACUUUCCCAUUCAUAUACUGGGUGCACCACAACAAAAUCAUUUCAAAAGGGAGACAAUUCAAGAUAUUUCAACUGAGUGAGAGAAACGAGGGAAACUACACAUGUAGUGUCAAGGAUGACCGGGGAAUCACCACAAACUACACACACUACCUCAGGAUCAUGUAUAAACCCAAGGCUGUGAAUCUCGUUGAUAAGAAGUACUUACCAAACCAGAUGCAGGUAGCCAAUCUACAGUGUGACUUUCUAGGAUAUCCCACAGAAAUUCACUGGUACAAAGGGGAGGAUCAGAGUCCCAUCACCGACUUUAAAGAUUAUUUUCAUGCGGCGGAAACAUUGAUUUCUUAUCCAACAUUCCAACGAUCCAUUCUGUCUUUGUACUAUGUUGUAGACAAGGCAUUUGAUCGCUACACAUGCACCGGUUCUAAUAAAUUUGGACAAGGAUCAGGAAUUGUACAACUAAAGAAUGACCUUCCGAAACCUCCAUCAACACUGCCACCCUCAACACCAAACAGAAAUGUCUCUGCAUGCUGUGCAGCCUAUGAAAUGCCAAAGGUCUGUCAAGAAUUGUGUGCAUUUGAUGUGAACAUGGAGGAAAUUGCUGCUCAACCUGACAAGUAUGGUCUAUGUCUGGCCUACCUGGAGAUCUACACAACCUGUGCAUCUGAUGGUAAAAAUCAUUCUAAAUGCUGUCGGGAAAAGGGUGUAAACCCCUUCUGCAUCCGAUUCUGUGAAGGUUUUGUUCCUGAUGACAAGGACUCCAUUUACAUGAUGAACUGUGUGACGGACAACAAAUUGAUGUUGCAAUGUGUACAGGAAAAUACAGAAUUCCUUCCAAGUCCUCCAACAGUCAGAGCUCUACAAAACAAUGAUGUCCUUGAAGUGAGCUGGGACAAGCCUAAGGAUAACUCACACAGAGUGGAACAUUACGAGCUGUUCUGGCUGGGUAGUGACAAUCCCUCUUCUCCACAGCAACUCUCCUUGGCUAGGAAUAUAACUGACCACAAAAUAAAGAAAAUAAAGGAGGGUGCAGUUUACAGUAUCUGGAUUAUUGCUGUGAAUCAGAAGGGUUCCAGCCAGCCAAGUAAUAAACAGAAUAUCACUGUUAAAAAUUUGAGACCAUCCAAGCCUACUAGGCUUCAGGUGACAGAUGUGAACGGAGAAAGUAUGACGCUGAAAUGGGACCCGCCGGAGAACCACGCGGUUGUGAACAGUUACACUAUCAAGUUCAGGGAAGCCACCUCUAAUGAAGCGUACCAACAGAUUACUGUCCCUGGUUCUUUGAGAGAAUUCGUGGUUAAGAAUUUACAGCCCACCACAUUGUAUGACUUUCAAUUAAUUGCUAAUGGUCCUAAUGGAGUCAGUGACACUGCAGGCCUCAAAUCAUUGAACUCAGGACCGAGCACAAGUGGCAAAAAGUACCAACGUCGGGAUAGUUCUGCUGUGCCACUGGGCAUUGGUCUGACGGUGGUAGUCUUGCUGCUGGCUGGGGGUCUAGUAGCCGUUUACCUCUACUGCAGGAGGAAAAAGAAAAUGAGUUAUGGGGAAACUGUCUCAUUUGAAAAUCCACAAUAUGGUAGCCGAGUUCAGAUAUCUGGACUACCAAACAGUAAUUAUGACUCCACCAGUGACGAAGGGUUCGGGUAUGCCCCACUGCGAGAGGACCAUGAUGUUGAACACAGACCCACCGACAAAUCAAACCUACGUGACGAAGCCACCAUAGAUGUAACCAUAACAUAGUCUCAACUGAACCGAGAAAUAGACCUCCACACCCUGCCACAGUUCAUUCAGUUUAAGGAGAGCUGACAGAUUAUAAAUGGGUUGUUGCAAUAUAUUAAAGUCCCAUUUUUAUAAAUGCUCACCCACUUACUUUAAUUGAAUUUCGACAACUUGAGCUGUAAUGAAACCUAGAUGUAAAUUCUAUUUUUGCAUUGGUAUGAAAUGCAUUUUCAAAAGAUAAUUUGGGCUAUUUUUCAUUUAUAAUGCAUGUAUGUAAAUCAGAAUUGUAUAAUCUCAGAAGAGACAAAAGUCGUGAAACUGAAUAUCCGUCCCAGAGUUCAAAAGCCAAACAUGCAUGCAGUAGACUUCUGUUCUUGGGUUCAGUGUAACGAUGCUUUGUUAGUAAACUUUCGUUUUAGCAUUUAAGGACAUGCGGGAUGAUGUGGCCAAAAAUAACUAGUCAAUGAAUAUUUUUUCUUUUUUUCAUGCUUAAACAUAACCAUAUAAUAAGAAAUUGGGAAAAUUCUUCGUGCCUGUUUUGGAAUACAUUGUUAGAAACUAUAUUUGUUUUGAACCUAUCGAAAUAUUUCGAAUUUUCAUGAUUAUGGAACAAAAAUUGAGUUAAUAAAAUCAAAUUUAAAUUUUUUUUUUUUUUAAAUAUAAAUGUAUAUAUUAAACAUGGCUUCGGAAGAAACCUCUAGUGUAGCUCUACAAUUCGUCUUCUUUCAAACCACGGGUUAGAUCUAGUUAACGUCAAUAUGAGCUACUACUUCUACUUCCUUUACAAGAUCAACAGCAUUUCCGCGGCCAUGGUAGCUAGUGUCACUUGACUCAAUCGACUCCAUCCUAUUUUUCAAGGAAUUUAUGUGUCACACAUGUUGUGACUUUACACCUUUUUUCUUUUUCACACAUCUGCUUCUCGCAUACAUUCCGACGUUUGUCAUAUUUUUUACAUUUUUACAUUAGUUACCAUUUCCGCAGCAGUGUUUUCGUAAAAAAUAAUUUGGAAUAUGAAAUAGUUUAAGAGAUAAAGCGUACCGGGCUUAUAUUUACAUGAAAAUGCUUGCGAAAAUUAAACAUUCCUAGUAUUUGAUCAAAAGUAACGAUUGUCGUCAUAAGGGGGGGGGGGGUAUUUUUCGCAAACAAGGGUCGAUUAAAAUUUUAAUCACCUGAAUAGUUUGUACGUUUCCCACGCAAGAUUCGGAGAAAUGUGUGUCCAGUUCUAGUUUCAUACUACUAUAGUAAAUAUCAACAAAUGAUCAUCAUUUUACACUUGCACUGAGUCAUUGUUUAUAGACAAUUGACUUUCUCUUUGUGAAUGCCUAGAGCAUGUAGGAGCGAUUUUGGUGACUUGUAGGCUAAACUAUCAAAAUUACUGUGGCGCAUACUAUAUACAUGUAAUAUAUGCAAUGUAUAUGAAAAGGAGACUUAUAAACACUAUGAAAUAAAAUAAAAAUUAUCAUUUGACAAGAAUUCAAUCAACAGAUUUACACAUACUCUUGACAGCGGUAGCAAAUUACGACAAAAUAUGAUGACAUUUUCCCCGCGAUACAACGUCGUAACAUACUUUUUUUAUUAUGACGUCAUAUAGUGUGUCUGUACAGCAUUGUGAUUUUUCUCGGGAAGCUUAACUACGCUGUGUCCGGUUCUAAAUUUAUAAUGAAUUCGCAGCCAUCACGUGAUCAUUGUCCUGCAUAUCCUUAACUGUACAUAGCAUGUUUUGUGAAGCUGUUGUAAAUGUUUACAUAUUUCAUUCCUUGAGGUUUUAUGAUACCACUCUAACUGUAAGUUUAUAUUACAAACAUUUAUGCAGCUUAGGUAGCCCAUAUUUAGAAACUCUUGGUGAAUCAGUUUCAAUUGUUCAAACCUUCAAAUGUAGUCAUUACCAAGAAUAGGAUAUAGAGGUUAUGGAUUAAUGACUGUCAGAAAACAGGGAGCACAAGGUCAGUCACAAAACUUAGUAAGAUAUUGAAACGGUCCUCAAUACGCUAAGAUUCAUUGUGACGUGUAUUUUAUAUUUUUAUCUACUUGCUACUUUUUAAGGAAAUGUUAAUUUUUUGGACCUAUCAUUAGGUAGCCAAUCUGUGACGUCUCAAAUUUAGUGUUAAUGUUACAAGCAAGAGGAUUCUGGGUAAUUUAUUACAAACUACAAUGGGGGAUUAUCUGAUUUUCUUUUUGUGUAGGUUUGUAACACCCACCCACCCACCCUCUCCAUACCCCAGCACAUGACUGGUUGUGAGAACAAUAUUUUAGGGGGUAUUUAGCUGAGGUUCAGUGUACAGCUGUGUUGUUGGUUGUGAUUAUUGAUAUUACUACAUUUGUGAUACAUCUCAUAGUGAUUUAUUUUUUUGAGGAAUAUUUUAUUUUAAAUUUUUCAGGGGUGUAAUUUUAUACUUUGAUGUGCAACCAGAUUGAUUCAUUUACUAUUUUUUGUGGUAUUUCCAUUCAUAAGGCCUAGUAUAUAUCUAGUUUUAACAAUAUCAUCUCAUGGGACCAUAUAUUGAAAACAUUAUCUUUAGAUAAUGUGUAAGGUAAUGGAUGGUUGUUUUUUUUCUGGGCAUUUAAGAAUAAGUUAUUUGUGGCUUUUGUGCUUUUUAUUCAUCUUAUAUCCCCCAACCUGACAUCUUUAGAUAUAAUUGCAAAAUAAAUAGGUAUUGAUCAUAGUUAAUUUCUAACACUCUUACGAACUUUUAUUGAUCUGUCUGAAGAUACUGGGUAUAUCACUCACAAGAUUUGAGGUUCAAAGUUGGUAAAUAAUAUUUUAUAUUUUGUGGGCCCACAUUGAAGAUGCAGGAGUUCUGUAGUGAUUUUUCAAUGUCUGUCUAACGGUCUGUAAGCACUGUGACAUGAGUUGUACACUUCAACCAACAGACUACCAACUUCACAUUCGGUGCUUUUAUAUAUUAUAUUAUAAAGUGGAAAAUUGCCAGAGAUGAACACCUUUCAUCUGAGAAGUUUUGUUUUGCCCGCAGACUUGGAUAGAUCAAGGUUGAAUAGUUUCAUGUGUCGAGUCAAAAGUCAUGGUUACAAAAGCACUUCUCUUUUUGUUUGACGAUUUUUGAUCCUGCAGUACAUUUAUCACUAACCCAUAUCAUUCAUAGGUUGUAAAACAAAGUUGUGUAAUAAAAAGGGACAUAUAUAUUUCUAUCUAUAUCUAUGUAUGAAUUAUCAAUAUUCUGCAAUAUUUAUAAAAGUAGAAUUUAUCAACCAAGUUAAAUAAUAUUUGUUCGUGGUGAGUGUUUAUAUGAUGAGUAAAUGAUCAUAGUAGAGUGAAAUUUGAUGUAAUCUUUCAAUACACAUUUAGUGCAAUUCAUGUCCAUUGUCCGUGCAAACUCAAAUCAAAUGUAGAGAUAUUUGAUAAAUGUAUAUAUGAUAUGUACUGGCAUCCAAUGACAACAAUUUUAUAAUAUUUUUACUAGUAGUCUCAAGUUUCAGCAAAGAAUUUGAGCUCCAUUGUGUUUACUUAAUGGGGAAUAUUCCCCUUAUACCCCACCCACCUCUCCUGUUGUACUCGUGUAAAGAAUCUCAGUUUGUAACAUUUGUUAUUAUUUAUGCAGUGUAUUUAUAAGGAAGCAUUUUAUGACAGGAUUUGUUUUUUCCACAGAUCCUUUUUAGAUACUUUUGCAGCUGGUUUUUUUAUGUAUCUUUUUUGUUACAUAGGGUACUGCUUGCUCAACAGAAUUAUUUUAUAUUAAUUGCAGAUUACCAUCAAUUCUAAGUUUGAGUAAUUUUCUUCCUCACCGAAAACUAAAUAAUGGAAUUCGGAUCAAAUGUAUGAUCUAUCUAUUCUAUUUGGUGAAUUUAACAGUCCCUAGUUAUUCGCUGUUCAUCAUGUUCUUAUAUAUUGUCUUCAUUGCCUGUGUGGUUUCGUGUUCAGAAUGAAAUGCUAAGCUACACGGAUACUGUAAAUGCUGGUCAAUAGAAAGUAUAUACAUUUCCAAUGUUUUUUGCCUUUGAUAUGUUAUAGAUUGUGAUGAUGGCUAUUGCAGCUGUGAACAAUGUGCAUGUUAAUCUUGAUAAGUAUAGUACAUGUGCGUCCAUUUUAACUGCUGGUCAUUCCAACAGAAAUGAAGGUAAAAUGUAAAAAUUAGAAAAUAUUUUUUUAACAUCAUGAGGGUUUGAACUGCACCACUUUCACGUCGGCAUACUUUUGAUGAAGUGCAAACAGCCUUCAUGAAGAAUACCGGCAUAAAACGUCCUAGUUCAUACCCUCAUGCAUUUUAAGAAAUGAAAUUUAUUUCUCAAGUAAAACAGUGUUAAGAUCCAUGCACAGGGGCGAAGUCUGUUGUGAUACUGUACCAUAAAUAUCUAUAUUUAUGAUAUCGCAGAGCUCGGGUCCAAAACGGGCUUAGCUCCUCUGGAUCCCUGUACACGAAAUUAUUUUAGGGUAUUUAAACCUUAGCACAAUAGAAACUGAUGAUGCAUUGAUUAGUGUGGCCAUGAAUUAGUGAUUCUGUUGUGUGUGUAUGAUGGAUAACUGGAGAAUUUUGCAGUUUAGUUCAACCGUAAAUUGCAACAUAGAACACUGUGCUUGUUGCAGUGUCAAAGGGGCUUAAAUAUAAAUCCCACUAAAAUCAGUGCACAUGUAGUACUCGUGAGGGAAAAAUAAUAUGGCGAUCACUAGCUUUGGAAACACGCAUUAGUAUAUGACUGAUGAUUAUAUACAUUAUUUGUGAAUCAUUCAAAACUUCAUGUUAGAAAUAUUCCUUGAAUAUGAAAAUUGUUUUUUACUCCACACUUGUAGUUCUAUAGCUUCGCCAAACAUUCCAGAACAGAUGAGCUCUUGGAUAUUUCUUCUUUUAUAUAUACCAGAGAUCUGAACAGGUGUUACUGUGUUUUGUUAUGUGUAAUCCUGUGAAUCACCAUCUUUGCUUGUGUUUAUCAAUAUUUUAUCUAGUGUUUUGAAUGUUCAUUGAAUAAAAGAAACACAAUCUGA